CGAUUAAAUUCGCAGACUAGCGUAAUCAGCAGUCUUUCCGGUGGCCUGAACAGCACUGCUGAAUCGAGCAUCCAGACGCCAGAACCCUCUUCAGCCUCGAUGACGAUACCACCUGUACGUAAGCAAAAGACUGGCAGCUCAUCACUUUGUGGCAGUCAGUCGGGGCUCGAAGCCUUCUUUCAAUCGCCACAACUACUCCUUUCUGGAAGUCAGACCACCUCAGAAUCAAGACGUAAAAGCCAACAUCAAGCAGAUACGAGCGUUAAGAACUUUUCUGCAUCGGUAUCUGUAUCAAAAGGUGGCCUGUUACUGCCGAAUGGUGCAGACGCCGGAUGGAACGGUGACGUAGGGGAAACCAACUUAUUAACUCGCAUUUCUUCGGGACUUAGUUCUGGGACUCCCGAGGCGAAUGGACUCGGUCCCAGAUCAGAUGAAGAUGCGAUUUUAGUUGGCCCUUUUAAUGGGAACUCUGUACGCCCUGAGUCUGGUACCGUUUCGCACACUUGUCCCUCUGGGACAAGUUCUCUGAAGAACUGCGCCACCAACAUAAUUAAUCUUAAUCCCAAUUCGCAUAAAUGGCUUCACUUAGGCUCCUCUACUACUAAACCUGGAGCUUUAGGUCCUACAUAUCUUGAUAUGGAGUCGACCGACUACCGAGACAGAUUGGCAAUGAAGGAGGAGCAUGAAGCAAUAAAAGCCCGCAUCUCCACAGACUCGAAACAGGCAUCUACCAAGUCUGGUGAAAUAGCAAGCGGUUCUCAACUCCCACGCUUUCAGACAGCCCCUAUCUCUGCUGGUAAUGAGACAUUCAGUGGUCAGGAGGUCUAUCUCGAACUUUCCAACUUGUCUGGCUCCUGUAGUCAGCAGUCUCUAGGCGGGCCUAGCGACUGGAGCGAGCAGGAGGACCGAUUAUCCUCAGGAUUUUUUCGUUUUGCUUUAUCCGCUACUGGUACUGGUGGCUGUUCUAGUGGUGGUGACGGAGUUGGCUGCAGUAAAGAUGACACAGAUGAUAGUCUUCUAGGUUUUUUAGGCAGCUCAGCUUCAUCGCUGUCUCACACUGGAAUUUGUCAGCCGCCUUCACAGCCUAGGCAACCUAGGCAACUGGACAUGCUGAGAGACGAGAAUAUCAGCAAUCUCGAUGCCGGUGAUACUACAUUGGAGACUGUACAGAACCGGCUAGCUGAUUCGACUAUUAGCUCGAUCUGUCCCCAUUCACCUAAUCCCCAAUCAGACACUGACUCCGGCCACCCUGAAGUUUGUUAUCCAGCCUCUUUCUGUUCUGACCACGACAACCAUUACCUUUUCGAAUCAAUCUCCCCAAGUCUUCAGCCUUGCACCUCACUGGGAUCGAGCCAACCUGCAUCAAUCUGUCCAACUUCAGCUCAUCUUUUUGACGUUAAAUCAUCUGUUUUCUUUUCCUCUCUCUCUUCUUCUUCUGCGGUCGUGGUACCUGUAUCGGGGAUCGACAGUGUCGAAGUUGGUCGGUUUACUAUCACUCGAUCCGUAACCGAGCUUUUAACUCCAUCCGCUUCUGCCUCUUCUACUUCUGCCUCUGCUGCCUCCUCUUCUGGAUCUGCGAUGUCGCCGUCAGCUGGUUGCUGGGUGGAUCCUCAUACUUGUCCUUUGGACUCUGAUGUUCAGACAACCAACAGUGAUCAAGAGACCGGCGACUCAUAUUCAAAUUCAACGCCAUAUACACUCCUGUCGGGUGGCCAUUCUGAUCGCCGUCCUGACGAAUUGCGGAUCGCACUCAUGAAUCCCAUGGAUUCAGGGGCUGUUUCUAUGUCUGAACAGCCUACAACGGCGCAGACUUUGACGCCGACCUCACUUCGAGGUACAGGAAAAAGACAGCGGUACCUAAGUGAUGGACCUGCCCGACUUACUGAGCUCUGUUUAAGUCCGCAAUGCAGAGCACUAGACCAACUUGCUUCGACUGGUCUCUGGCCUUCUGAUGCCCAUGUUCCUCGUCGUUUGCCCGUGGCCAUGAGGCCAGAUCCAUCGUUGAUCUCGGCCGAUGCUCCCCGGCGCCGAUCAAUUGGGCUGCGACCGGUUCGUCGGCGCCGGCACUGCACUGACGCCGGGGUCGGCUGCUGGCCCGCUGGUCUUCUGCCCGUUUCUUCUGGCUCACUAAGCCCUAAUCGAAGUGUCGAUGAUGCCGACAUUUUAACGACUGGAUCUUCGGUAGCCGAUGGUUCAGUAACGUCUGUCAAGAGCACCAUGCUUCCUGUCGCCUCAGCCCCAGCCUUUGGGCUGUCGAUGGAUUCAGUGUGUACUGGAUGGGCACUCGGAAUGAUGCAUCACGGUGCACCAGUCGAGCAGUGGUUAAUAGAGCAAGCGGAAUUGGCUAGCAAGAGGGCUGCAUCAGGAGCUGCUAAAGCAGCAGCGGCUGCUGCUGCUAUCUUGACCUUAAAAAAGGCUGGUGGAAGCACUAGGGGCAAGACCAUGGACAUAGCUCCUUGUCUUGCCCCUUGCAGACCAGAAAUCUCCAAGCCCAAGAGUGAGCCGGAGGCCGAACUUUUUAUCCCACCUAAGGCGUACAUCUCUAGGGUUAUGUCAAAAUCAUUCGAUUACGCUGGAACUGAAGAGGAGGCGAGGGAGGACGGAGAAGAUGAGGAUGAGAAAGACGAUAGGCAGGAGCAGGAGGAAAAAUGGGAUGAAAGGCACUUAAUGGACGUUGUAAAUUCGUCCGGUACAGGAAAGCCAAUUGAAGAUGAAACCGAGUUUUUCACGAUGUCGAAUCCACGUGAAUCUGUAGUACAAGAAGCUGGCGUCUAUAAGCUUAUUGACUCCUUGGUGAGGUUGAACCUAAACUUUCUCCCUUUUCCGCUCCUACCCAUUUAUCAGCUGCGCAUUUUUCCUAACAUCCGGCCAUUUAAUGUUUUUCUUUGUCAUUCUGAAUUAUUUCAUUUUUCUAUUCUUUAA